AUUAUUUUCGAGGAUUUAUUACAAAUCAUUUUAUUUAACACAAUAUGACAGCAAUGGAAAUUGAACAUUCGGCUGUGGAUAGUGUUCUGAAUCAAGAUGAUCCUCAUGGCUUACUAGACCGCAUACUUAAAAAUGAUAUGAAAACUGCGAAUGAAGAUGAGGUAAAGAAGGCUGAAUCAGAGAUAUUAAUGCUUGCAUCUAAGUUAUCAAAGACUGGAAAGUCUAAAGAAUUAGCAAAUUUAAUACGAUAUAUACGUCCUUUCUUAUCAAAUAUAAGCAAGGCCAAAGCAGCUAAAAUUGUACAAACCUUAGUUGAAAAAUUCUUGGAAAUGAACACAACUUCUGGAUUAGAAGUUGAUUUAUGCAAAGAGUGUAUUGAUUGGGCCAAAGAGGAGAAAAGAAUUUUUUUAAGACAGGCUUUAGAGGCAAAACUUUUAUCCGUCUAUUAUGAACUUAAAGAUUUUGACAAUGCAUUGGCAAUUAGUGGGCCAUUACUUAAAGAAUUGAAAAAAAUGGAUGACAAAAAUUUAUUAGUAGAUGUGCAACUUAUAGAAAGCAAAAUUUAUCAUGCAUUAGGAAAUUUACCAAAGUCAAGAGCCUCACUCACCUCUGCCAGAACCACGGCCAAUUCCAUAUACUGCUCGCCUAGAGUGCAAGGAUCUCUGGACCUUCAGUCGGGCAUAGUCCAUGCUUCAGAGGGCAAGGAUUUUAAUACCGCUUAUUCCUAUUUUUACGAAGCCUUCGAGGCCUUCGAAACCUGCGGGCCCGAUUAUAGGGUACGGACUAUAAGCGCUCUCAAAUACACUCUUCUUUCUAAAGUUAUGCUGAACAACCCUGAAGAAGUUGAAUCUUUGAUUAUCGGAAAGUUGGCCCUUAAAUAUGGAGGCAAGGAUCUCGAGGCUCUCAAAGCUAUAGCGGGCGCUAACAAAAACAGAUCUCUUUCACUCUUUCAACAAGCAAGAGAAACCUAUAGAUCCGAAUUAAUGGACGAUCCUAUCAUUAAAAUGUUACUCGAAACACUCUACGAUAAAUUGCUGGAACAAAAUUUGUUGAGAAUCAUAGAACCUUACUCUAGGAUUCAAAUUCACUAUGUAGCUGAAUCAAUUAAGCUUCCCCUGGAUGUCGUCGAAAAAAAGCUAUCUCAAAUGAUUUUGGAUCAAAAAUUUAAUGGCAUAAUAGAUCAAAGCGAUGGUGGCAUUCUGAUCGUUUUCGAAGAAGAGACACCGAAUCGAACUUUCGACACCUCAAUAAAUAUCAUAGAAUGCAUGAGUAAAGUCAUGGAUACUCUUUACAUUAAAUCCAAAAAAUUGUCUUAAAAUUAGAUAUACAAUAUUUAAAUUUUUAAUUUUUUUUUCAUGACUAUUGUAUUGUAUCAAUAAUGCUUUUUUUU